UUUCUUCUUGUGGUCAGCUCUGGAAACCUGGAAAAAAGCCAAUGAAAUCCUCAACCUCUCGCUCCAAACCAAACUCCCCGAAGAGAACGAAAAUGUAACAAUACCCGCAGGCAUGUGGAUUGUUGUGGACAUUGAUCUACCGAAAUUCAAUACCAUUUUCAUCUACGGCCAGCUGGAGGUCAGUAACAAGUUGAGCGAAGUAACCAUCAGCGCCAACUAUAUCCAUAUUGUUGGUGGACGUUUGAUUGUCGGGUGGGAGAAUGAUCCCUACCCGGGCAAUGCUACCAUUGAACUAAGGGGCUCCCAACAGACACCGCAGUUCGAUGUGAAAUCUGGACCAAAUAUGGGAUCAAAAGUCAUAGGUGUGUUUGGUGGGCUUGACAUGCAUGCACUGAAUCGGAAAGUCCUGUGGACACGCUUGGCUAGCACCGCCAAAAUUGGUACAAAGAAGCUUGUACUGAAGGAAGCAGUCGACUGGAAACCUGGAGAAGAGAUUGUUCUUUCAUCUACGGACUACAAUGCCUGGGAAACGGAAACUUUCAGAAUUCAAUCGGUUUCAGCAGAUGGCACCCAACUGACCCUCAAUGCCACUGUGGCCCAUCAGCAUAUUGUCCACCAAGAGACCAUCAACAAGAACCAAAUCGAGAUCGCAGCUGAAGUCGGCCUCUUCACUCGUAACAUCAAGGUGAUCGGCAAAGACUACAACAACCUCUACAAGGAAAUGUUUGGCGCCAGGAUCAUUGUUGGAGUGACACAAACAGAACAAGACAAAGUAUAUGUCGGUUACAUGCGACUUAGCAACAUUGAGUUCUAUCACUCAGGCCAAUAUGGUUGGACCGGCAAGAAUGACCCACGUUACUCGGUGGCUUUCCAUAAUUUAGGCACAAUAGACCAUAGACUACGUCCUACAUACGUGAGAAAGUGUGCGUUCCAUAAUGGCUUCUCCACUGCCAUCGGAAUUUACAACAGCCACAAGGUUCCUAUAGAAAACAACAUUAUUCACCACACAAUCGGAUCAGGAAUUAUUUCCAAUUCUGACAACACGACACUAUUAAGGAACUUGGUAGCACUAGUGAUAUGUCCAGAUGUCUACAUACGGGGGCGGAACUUCAAAGGCGGGAUCAAAUGGCCGGCUGGCAUUGAAGCAAUCCGAGUAGAAGGACUCGAUUUACGACGUAACGUUGUGGCCGGCAGCCAACGCAUUGGGUACCGAAUGAACGGAGAAUACUGUAGAGAAGUUUCUAGCUGGACGGACAACAUCGUGAGAGGUGCUUUGCUUGGAAUUGCAGUUUUUGAUUUCGAUGUCAGCCCCAAGAAAACCGAGUGUGUUAAAUAUACUGGCUUCCAUGUUUCCCAUUGUACAGAUGUGGGCCUGUAUCAUAAUAACGAACCAGGAUUUAUACUUGAGAACAGCAUUUUUAUCGAGAACGCUUUGGGUGUGUUUCCAUUUGUGAUUGGUCCGCCAUCUUUGACCCAUCAGACCAGUUCCAAAGCAGUGGUCAUCAGAAAUUCAACCUUUGUUGGCCUUACCUCUUCGUACGACUGCUCCAUUGACCGUCUCAGCAAAGAUGACCCCAACAUUGCCUAUAGCAGCCUGUCUCGCUCCAACACAGAUGGUUGGACAGUAGGAAUUGAUUGGCUAACGCGUACAUCAGGUUCCAACAGAGCCCCUGAUAAGCCAUUCAUUAAUAUUAUGGCCUACCCUACCAUCUCUGGAGUGAUGAAGAUCCACGAUGUGGUGUUUGCACAUUUCAACAGCCGAUGUGGUAACAAGAUGAAGACAGUUGUGCUAAAAUCUGCAUCCAAUGAAGAUGGUCAACAUCCGGUGUAUAUACAGAAAAUCAGUGAAGUUGACGUCGACCAUGACAGUAAGGUUUACAUCCGGAGACCAAACGUUAAAAAAAUCAACUCAGCGGAUUGUGUGGACAUGGACUGCGAUGGCCAAAAGAAAGUGUUGCUCGUGGACACCGACGGAAGUUUUAUUAAGGGCGACCCCCCGGUCAGUGUGUUCUCUGAGUCAGAGUGGGAGUGGGGUGGGGACAAGCGGCGAGGGCUCGGCGACUACCGGAUCCCAAAAGUAGCCAGGGCGUAUCCAAACGGCUCCAAAAUGGCAAUUGAGGAAUUAGCAACAGGAAGAGGAAUUGUUCGAAACUCCAACUGCGUGCUCCAAAACCAGUGGCAGGCUUACCAAUGCAACAACAGUGAAUACGCCAUGAUGAUAAUCGAAAGUUUGGACGAGGACACAGAGACGCGACGACUUUCGCCAGUUGCCAUCGUCGGUAACAAAUACAUAGACUUGAUCAACGGUCCGCAGGAUCACGGCUGGUGUUCAGGUUAUACGUGCCGCAAGAGAAUUUCUACUUUCAUGGCCAUCGUUGACCCCACCUACCCAUUUGAUAUUUAUUUUUCAAGCACCACCCCGCAGAAACUCCGUCUCCGUUUACUAAACACCGACAAGAAGAUCUCAGUAUCAGUCUACUACCAAUUUCCAAAUAGACAAGAUGUCUUCGAUUACACAAAUACUUUUAUUCUACCGAAAAACGCUUACAUGGACAAUGACGAGAUGAAAUACAAGACGGUGAAAGAGUCAAACCGAAAGGCUUUUCUACCGACCACUGCUGAUGCAGUGGCCACAAAUUUCUUUGACCGUUUGGAACAGAAAGUCUAUGUCAUAGUUGAAGGAGGGAAACCGGUAGAUAUUCGUGUCAACCCGAUUGUAGUUGUUACAUUCUCUUUCGGGGGAGUAAGUGAGAGCGAAUUCUUUGGAGAAAAUCUGGUCAGAAACUUGGCACUUUUCCUCGGUAUUUCCGCUAGUAAGGUGAGAAUUGUAGAUAUUGUGAAAGAAGGUACAGCCAGACGUAAGAAACGGGCUGUGUCCGGGGUGAAGGUCACCACGGAGAUCGGGGAUCAGCCGUCCAGUGAGAGUAAUGUUACAAACUCCAGUGUUCCCACCAACAGUUCUUUGUCGUCUCAAAGUUUGCAGAACAUCUCGUCGCAGUUAGUGAACAGCCGACAGUUGAGAUCUUUGGAUCAGCACCUUAAUUACCAAAUAGUCAGCAUGGCGAUGACCCCUCCUGUGGUUCCAGUCACUGACCCUAACUGGAGCAAGACGCAACAGACGAACUCUACUUACGCAGUCAAGGUACCAGACAUAAUGAAGCUGGUUAUUAGCCCGAAGGUGUCCUACGAAGGUGGGGUAUUUAAUCAGGGGCCAUGCCUUCAAUUCUUAGAUACCUCGGGUAACCCAUUAAACAUCCUUGGAACUCUCGAAAAUCCAUGGCGCAUUUCGGCCACUUUAGUAAAGGGCAAAGGUAGCCACGCCAACGCUGUCCUAUCGGGAACGACCGAAGUUUCGCUGUAUGAUGGCUGGGCCAACUUUACAAAUAUUGCUAUAUCUCACAAAGGCUCUGACUAUGGCCUUACAUUCCAAGUUAGUUAUCCCUCUGAUGCUGGAAAAUUCGCUGCCAAAGUAGAACCAUCACUAAUCGUGCCAAAACGGCCACUUUCAUUGAUGAUAACACCAUCACAGUUUGUUGCAGGGAAGAGUAAAAACUUGAAUAUAAUUCUCAUCGACAUCAUCACGAAGCUGACGAUCCCUAAUAUAAAAUGGAGGAAACACAAGUGGCAGGUGAAAGCUGUACUGGUAAAGCCAUACCUGUACUAUGGUUCCGUGUACAACAUCGAUACAGAAGUGAAAGAGGACACAGUCAACAACCAGUUGGUUUUCAACGAUAUAAUGUUUACAAAACCAGGCGUCUACAUCAUCCAACUGACCACCACGUCGACACCGAAUGAAUACACGAUCGUUGCCGAGGAAGAAAUUCGAGUGAAGCAGUCGCACGUUCUGGUGUUUAGCGACCCCGUGUCAAGUUCAAUUAAGAUACUCGUUGACAUCGACUACAACAAGGUUGGGUCAACCAACGAAAAGUAUUUCCGAGUGUUAAUGGAAAACUACUUAAUCUAUAAGUACCCAAAGGUCACUUUUCCAGAGGUACUGGUGUCCGAAUCGGAAAAUAAUAUGAUGGAUGUCUUCGUCAAGUUAUACGGUAACAUCAACGAGGUAUCAGCGGCAUCAAAGAUGAUCUGUGACAUGGCCAAGGAACAGCAAAAGAUCACAUUCAACUCACACCAGGCCUACAUUAUUUUUAGCAUACAAGUGAAUGGGACACGAUUUCUUGGUUCAUCUUGUGGAUCAAAGGAUGGUAAAGUUACGAAGACCAAGACGUUUCCUUUAGAGAUCGUCGUUGGAGUGUCAGUGGCCGUCACCCUCCUGCUUGCUGGCGCCAUCUUCUUUCUUUUGCUGAAAUUCCAAGUGAUUCCCAAAUAAAGAUUUGGAAAGUAAAUAAUGACCUGUCAGUGCCCAAUGGUCAAUGUCUGAUGUUUGAUGUCUUGUAUUUUUACGUCUAAUGUUUUUUGCCUGAAGAUUGUUUCAUGUUUUGGUAGUCUCAUCUAUGAUGGCUUACUCAAUACCUGAUGUCUGAUGUAUUGUUACAUUAAAUAAUCUCCUUAAUGUUUUUUAUGCCUGAUGGUUAAUGUUGAUGUUUAAUGGUUAAUCAUUUAUGUCUGAUGGUUGAUGUUAACACCUGAUGUCUCUGAAUGCUUGAAAUGUAAUAUUCAAUACAUGUCCUUUCUCUGAUAAAUACCUGAUGACAAGUAAAUGUUUCCUGUUUGAUCAACACAGAGAGAACAUCUCUUUUCCAUAUCUUCUUUAAUUAUUUCAAAUAUCUCAUAUAUCUCCCAAACCACUUAUGAAUUGCUACAAAUUUCUCACCUCCCUUACGCCCUCCUCCCAUUUCAUACGUCCUUCCACGUCUAUAAAUUGCUACAAAAUUACCAUGACCAUCCACCCCCCAUAAACUGCUAUGAAUGAAUAGUGUUCUUUUCAUAAACUGCUGCACAUGUCUCCUGAAGAUCUGCAAUAGGAAAUUCCACAUACAUAUAUAUAUAUUAUGUAUGUGUGUAUGUUAAUACAUGUGUGAAUGUAUGUAAGUGUUUAUAUAUAUAUAUAUACCUGAAUCACAACUAUGUAUGCAAUCGAUUGGACCACAUGGGUACUUGACGCUCGUGAGGGUCCAAUAAAUUGUAUCGAAGACAAAUGCUGCUGAUGACUUAUAGAUAAAUAUGUGAGUAUAAUUGCAUAUUAUAUUGAUUAUAUUGAUAAAGAAACAAUUGUUCAGCAUUAAUCUAUCUUUUCGUUGUGUUUCACUUUCCUUACAUUGAGGGUAAUGUUAUUUCUUUGUGGAAACAACUUCGGUGGCUAUACCAGAAUAAGGAGCUAUUUUUAGCACUAGAGUUAACCACUUAACAGUAACUCUCUUAUAUUUAUGUAUAUAUAUAUAUAUAU